UGUUUCAGAAAUGGUGUAAAAAGUAGCACUGAUAAAGACCAUUGUGUUAUUCGAGGCGCCGUCUUAUCCUGAUAAACUCGGGGUUUAAGUGGGGGGAGCAGGAAGCAUCUGUUAGCGGUGUUUUAGGUUACCGUAGCCGGGUAGGAGAGGCGAGUGCCGCCAUGUUGGUGUGUGGAGGGGUCCUAGCGUGACCUCCAGCACAAGAAGUGUUGUGGAGCCGGUGACUGCAGAGAAAGUGCCUAUUUAUGAUAUCGGAACACAAAGCCACGUUGUCAAGAGUUAAGGAGCGCAAGCCUUUACCGGAAAAAUGGGUGUGAUAGGUGUACAGCUGGUUGUUACAAUGGUAAUGGCCAGCGUCCUGCAGAAGAUCAUUCCGCAUUACUCUUUGGCUCGUUGGCUUCUCUGCAAUGGAAGAUUAUAUUGGUAUCAGCAUCCCACGGAGGAAGAGUUACGAACACUUGCUGGAAAGCAACAGCUUAAAGGAAAGGGCAAAAAGGACAGAAAAUAUAAUGGUCAUAUUGAAAAUAAACCACUUACCAUUCCCAAAGACAUUGACCUUCAUUUGGAUACUAGGACUGUUACCGAAGUUGACACUUUAGCACUCCAUUAUUUUCCUGAGUAUCAAUGGUUAGUAGAUUUCACUGUUGCUGCUACUGUGGUUUACUUGAUAACUGAAGCUUAUUACAGCUUUGUGGGACCAUCACAAGAGAUGAAUAUCAGCAUAGUUUGGUGUAUGCUCGUUCUGGCAUUUGCAAUCAAAGUGUUGUUCUCCCUGACAACCCAUUACUUUAAAGUGGAAGAUGGUGGCGAGAGAUCUGUCUGUGUUACAUUUGGAUUCUUUUUCUUUGUCAAGGCCAUGGCAAUUCUUAUUGUGACAGAUAACUACUUGGAAUUUGGCCUAGAGACUGGCUUUUCAAAUUUUUCUGAAAGUGCUAUUCAGUUUCUGCAGAAACAGGGAUUGGAGUCUCAAGGUCCAGUGUCAAAAUUUGCAUUUAAGUUAAUUCUGGCAGUUUUAUGUUCUCUCAUUGGAGCUUUCCUGACAUUUCCUGGUUUACGACUGGCUCAGAUGCACCUUGAUGCCCUAAACUAUACAAAAGGAACCAUGACACAAUUUUUGCUACACAUAAACUUCUUGUCUCCUCUUCUAAUGGUUUUGCUGUGGGUGAAACCUAUAACCAAAGAUUACAUUCUGAAUCCACCCUUGGGCAAGGAAAGUGUACCACUGAUGACUGAGGACACCUUUGAUACAGUUCGACUUUGGAUCAUCAUUCUGCUCUGCGGUUUAAGAUUGAUGAUGAUGAGGCAUCACUUGCAAGCUUAUUUAAAUUUGGCCCAGAAAUGUGUGGAUCAAAUGAAGAAGGAAGCUGGGAGAAUAAGUACCAAAGAAUUACAAAAAAUGGUGGCUCAAGUAUUUUUUUACCUUUGUGUUAUUGCACUGCAGUACGUGGCACCUCUGGUGAUGCUCCUUCACACAACUCUGCUUCUGAAAACACUAGGUAAUCAUUCAUGGGGCAUCUAUGACUCUCCUAUGGAGGCAUCACAAGGGUCGAACCCGGGUUCUACUGAACAGCCAUGCCCUGAAGAAAAGAUGAAGGCAACAGUCACUCAAAUUACAGUGGCACUAGGGGGCUUAAAGAACAUUUUCACUCCACUCCUCUUCCGAGGACUUUUAUCAUUUUUGACAUGGUGGAUCGCAGCUUGCCUUUUCUCCACCAGCCUUUUUGGCUUGUUUUAUCAUCAGUAUUUAAUAGUGGCAUAAUUUAGUGACUUUAUAUCUGUAACCUUAACAUGGACCAAGUUGAAGGCAGAAAGCUGCAACAGCUAGAGCACACACGGUUCAGCAGCACCCUGUCUUGUGUCAAUGUUUUCUCUGUAUUCUCAGGGUAAAUAUUGUAUGAAAUCACUGUCGUGAGCUUAAUCUUCAUUACCUCAGAGGGAGAAGACCUAACUGCUGAUUGCUCGUAAAGAUAGUGUUUUUUUAUUUUGUUUUUUUGUCUUUUUAAUUGACUGUAUGAGAUGCUCUUAUAAAGACAUCAUCUUCGACUAGCAGUUCUUGCACUCACGUUCUAAUUUUUUUUCCCUCUUACCAAGAACGGAUAGCGAGUCCCCCCUUUUUUUUUUUUUUUUUUAAUCUUUCAUUAGAGAUCUGAGCCAUACGAAGAAAAUUUGAGGCUUGAAGGUGACUAAUAAAUUUCUGCUGGACCUGUCCAUUUUUGGUGACAAUGUCUAGCAGGACAGAAUGUAUUACUACUGUAUAUUACAGUAAAUGUAUGUCAACAACUGUGUAUUAUUUGGUGACCUUUAUGUGCCUGGGGAUAUGUGUGGCGCGUGUGUGUGUGUGUGUGUGUGUGUGGGCAAAUAUGGAAUGCUUAUGCUGUUAGAUACUGUACUUUUUACGUCACUGAAUACAUAAUUACUCAACAAGCGAUGGUGCUAGUAGUGACUCACACAGACUGUGUGUAAGGACAAGGAUUAUGCUUGCGAUAAAUAAAAUGCAUCACUUUAGUUAAC